AUGGCCGACCAAACCGAACCCAGCAGCACAUCUGAACGCACAAACACCACAUCGCCAGAGGCUUCCUCAUCCUCAUCAACAUCACCCACAUCUCAAUGCGCCCAGUGCGCCAAAUCACCGGACACCCUUAAGCAAUGUCUCAAGUGUCACAGCGUAGCCUACUGCGGAAAAGAUUGCCAAAAAGCUCAUUUCAAAAUGCAUAAGAAGGUUUGUGCGAGUCUCGCGCAAGAGUAUGUGAAGGCAAAUGAGCCGAAGAUGGCGAGUCGAUCGACGGCUGGCGCAAAGGCGGGCGGUAGGGAAAGAGGUUUGCAGAAGUGGCAGGAACACAGCUGA